UGAUUUUGUUAGAUUUUUUAUAUCUAGGUGUCGGAACCGUUGGUGAGGGUGCUACGAAUAGUGGAUGGGGAUCAUAACUCCAUGGGGUAUCUAUAUGAGGCCAUGGAUAAGGCCAAAGAGGCGAUUCAACACUUGUAUGGGUCAAACAAGACCAAGUAUGAACCCAUAUGGCGCAUAAUUGAUCGGAGGUGGAACCAUCAACUCCACCAACAUAUUCAUGCUGCUGCCUACUUCUUGAAUCCCAAGUUUUUUUACUCUCCGAGUUUCAGAGCAGAUGCAGAGGUUAGAAUUGGCCUUGACACAUGCAUUCGGAGAUUAGUUGAUGAUGAGAUCCUUCGAGACCUGAUACUUGAUGAGUUGCAGAGUUAUAAGAAGGCCUUAGGGGAAUUGUUUUCUUCACCUGAUUGCAAACGUAGGAGAGCCACCUUACGACCAGAUUUGUGGUGGGAAGAUUAUGGUGCCACAACGCCUAAUCUUCAAAAGCUUGCCAUCUGCAUAUUAUCACAGCCUUGUAGUGCUUCUGGUUGUGAGCGCAACUGGAGUGUUUUUGAGAACAUCCACACAAAAAAGCGCAAUAGGUUGACUCAACAACGCUUGAAUGAUCUUGUCUAUGUGCCGUACAACAUUCGAUUACAUGAGAAGAAGGUGCUAGGGCAAGAUUCACAUGAAGCACUUGACUUGGAUGACAUUGAUCCAUAUGCAGCAGAAUGGGUUGCUUCUCCUGAUGAUGUUGAUAAUGAUUUGGAUCCAUUCCUUACUAAUGAGCAGCUGAGUGAGUUGGAGAGGGCAGGAGAGGAAUGGGAUGCGGAAGUGGCAGCACGUGAGGAGGAGCAGGAGGUUGAUCAUGCAGCAGAGGCACCUGUUAGUGUUGAGGAUGUUGCCACUACUUCAGCACCACCCACCCAGCGGCCACAAUCUGUUUUGAGCUUUAGUCGUAGACGCAAUUUAUGAUUUCUUAUUUUCAUUGAUACCAAACUUUGAACUUGAUAUGUAAUCAGAAUUUCAGAGGUUCUUGUUUUGUGGUCUAUGACUCUAUAACUCUAUGAGACUGUCACUAUGAUACGUUGAUAUGUAUUGAACUCUUAUUCAUA